ACGCCAAUUUAACUUCGAUUGUCAAUGAAACGUUUGAAAUGGCAGCCUGCAUAGGAAAAAUUUCCUUUGCACAUUUAAUUAAAAUACAAAGCAUUAACAUAUGUAACAGGUAUACAGUACGAUUUAAUUCCCAACUUAAAAGAUCACCAUUGUUACACUGUCAGAGAUGUGUUCAGACUGCAGGUGUUACAGAUGUGCAUCAAAUUAAAAACAGAAAACCUAUAGUGUUUCCAAAGAAAAAGAAAAGGGAUGAAUUAACAGUAUUGAAAUGUUUAGCAGCAACAGUCCAGCGGGAUUCUACUGCUCCAGACUACAUGUUUGUAGAUGAUCCUCAUCUUUACCCUGUAAUAGCUAAUGAAAAAAAAAUAUAUACUUUAGCCAAGAGUAGUGGGAGGAAAGCAGCCCGAUACUUUGUUGAUAGAUUACCAGGCAUAUUCUCUACUAAUAUGUUUAAUGAAGAAGCAUCAGUUCCAGGCAUUCCUGAUUUAAUGCCAAAGAAGAUAAAGUAUGACCAUUUUGAGGCCAGUGAAACAGCUCUGAUUGAGAGAAUAGAAAUGAGAAGUGUCAAGGAUGCUAUUGAUAUGUAUAAUGAGAUUCAAGAGAAAGAUCUUGAGCUAUCUGAAGAAACAAAGAUCUCCCUGUUAAAUCUUCUGGCCUAUUACAACUCAAAUGAUCCUCCUGAAGAAAAGACUCCAGAAGAUCUGAGAUAUUUAUUUGAAAAAAGAUCAUUCAAUAAAACUUGGAAAGAUAACGGACCUGCUGUUAAAGUGUUUAAUGAUUUACAAGAGAAGACACCAGAAGCUUACUGUGCAAUGAUCAGAGGCAUGACAAAGUAUUUGGAAGUAGAGCAAGCAUUUCAACUUUUUGAAGAAAUGAGGGAAAAAGGAUUACAAGCUGAGGUUGAUGUCAGAACCUACAAUGGCCUUAUAGAUGUUAUGAGACAGUUACCUGCAGAUCAAGAAGAACAAUGGUCAAUUAUUGUGGAUCUCCUGCACUGUAUGAAGGAGAGUGGUGUCCAGCCAAAUGUCCAAACAUUUCAGUCAUGUCUUCAUUUCCUGAAAGGAGUGAUGACAAGAUUUAGAGAACAGAAAGUGUAUUUUCUACUCAAUGAAAUGAAAGCUAUAAAUAUAGAACCUACGUUAGGAAUUUAUGCCAAUCUCAUUCAGCUUAUAUAUAACGACCAUGCUAGAAACCCAGAGCAUCCAUUUUUACCACAGUUAAUGGAUUAUAUCCAAGGAAAGAGCUUUGAUAUGUCAUCAAAAGAUGAUGUGCACUUUUUCGUAGCUGCAAUGAAAGUUUGUGAUCUUUACCUUCAUGAUAAAGAGUUGGCUUACAAGGUGGAUGCAUUACUUCAUAACCAAGAUAACUACAAGUUCAUGAUAGAUUUCUUUGCUGAAUCUACGUACUGUAACAUAUUUUUAACGUUAAUUUGCCAGUUUGAACAUAUUGAUAAGAUAAUGGAGUUAUAUCACAGAUUGACACCAAAUGUAUGGUCACCAACUUUCUCUGUUUAUUACGAUAUACUAGGAGCCAUUGAUCUAUAUGAUGGCUAUCAUUAUUUACCAGCUCUUUGGUCAGAUUUUAUAGUAUUCAGAAUAAUAACAGGACCAAAACAUGCACAACUCAUGAUUCCAUUUUUCCAGCUAGUAUCAAAGAAGAAACACCCAGAGGAGCUUGAACGAAAGUUUGUUGACACAAUUCUGUGGGUAAUUAACAGAUGGGAAGAAAAUAUUCAGCUGAAUGGAACUUUUGUGUUGACAUCAGGAGUGUUAGUAGGUGAACUAAUCAAAGUUAGUCUCAUUGCCAAUCAAGUAGAACUAGCUUGGAAAAUUUUAAUGAUGUAUACAAAGCACAAAAGAAGAUUUACAGAGCAGAUUAGUGAAGAAUCAGUAACAAUGUUGUUGGAUGAGGUUAUUAAAGAAAAAGAUGUGGAUAAAACAUCAACCUGUUUGAAGUUGAUGUCAAAUGAGUCUUUUCCUAGCCUUGCCAAAUACAAGAAACAACUGAGAGAAUUGGAUAUGACAGAUCUAGAAAAAGUGGUAACAAGUUGAUAAAAGAUCAAAUAGAAUAACAAUUAACCUUGUUUCUAGAACUGUGAUGAUUUUUAAAGGUCAUUUUAAUAACAGUAAUGUCAAAAACAUGUAUUAGUUUUCUGUGAGAAGACAAUAAUAAAGUUUUACAGUGAUA